AUGCCUGAUGAUAAAAAUUUGGACAAUCAGGAUAGUUCUACGUUCUCCAAAGGUGAAAUGCACCAUGUAAGCAUCAAACCACCAGCUUUUUGCAAAGAACGACCGGAACUGUAUUUUAUUCAAAUGGAAUCUCAGUUUGCUAUUGCUAAAGUGACGCGCGAUGAAACAAAGUACCAUCAUGUUAUCGGUUCUUUAGAUGCGCAAGUACUGAUGCAAGUAGCUGAUAUUGUUUGCAAGCCACCAGAUGUCGACAAAUAUGAAACUGUAAAGAAUGCACUCAUCACAGAAUACACAGAUUCCGAUCAGAAGAAGCUGAGAAAACUAGUGAAAGAAGUUGAAUUGGGUGAUUUAAGGCCAACACAAUUGUUGAAACGAAUGAAAGAGCUUUCAAAUAAUAAAUUACCCGAUGAUGUUUUGAAAUCAUUCUGGCUUGAGCGUUUACCCGAGCAAGUCCGUGCUGUUAUCUCAAUAGGAAGUGGUGAUUCAAUGGACAUGGCCAAGCAAGCAGAUCAAAUGAUGGAUAUGCUAAGCUUCUCUAAUGUGUCUGCAAUCAAAAACGAAUCGCCCCUUGAAAAAAAGAUUGAUGAGCUACAAAAACAAGUUGAAGAGCUUCGUAUGUCAAGAAAUCAAGCUCGCGUAAAUAAAAAUGACUCCAGGGAAAGAAAACGUGUUGGAAGCAAAUCAAGACCAAGGUUUCCGUUCUGCAAAUAUCAUUGGCGUUUUGGCUCGAAUGCGAAAAAAUGCGUUGAUCCUUGUCAGUUUAAGAAGCUUGACAUGAAUUCGGAAAACUAG